UCCAUUCAAGUACCUAAACAGGGUUUGAUAGAUAUAGCUUCAAACUUGGAUCCUAAAUUGCUUAUUGAAGAUUUCACGUAUUCAGAAUGUCAUCAAACAGUAUUCAAAUUAAAAGCAAACAGUAUUCUGACUUGGAAACUUUUUGUGGACCUGGUGCUAAUAAGAAAACAGAGGAUUUUGUUUGGCUGUUUGUGACCUUGUCUGCUUCUUGUAGAUAUUUGUGUGAGAGUUUGGUCUCUCUCUCUCUCUUUUUCUCUCUCCAUACUGUAAAAUUUUCACCUCCAAAGAAAGCUUAUCUGCUUCUUGGAUUGAUGGCUCUGGAUACUGCUUUCUCCAUUAGGUUUUGCUCAUUCCCUGUCCCCAAAGCAAUCCCCUUUGAGAAAGAAACCUCAUCAUUUCACCGAAUCAUCACCUCGGGAGCAAAGAGAAUCGCAGGUGACAGUGAAGUUGUCGAACCCAAGAAAAGGAUAAGCUCUGAUCGCUCGACAAAGAUUAAAGGAGAUAAGCAGGAGAUUUCAAGCCAGAAGAAAGCUAUUGUAGAUAGGAGCAAGGCCUUAGUGAAGCUGAAAUCUUUAGGAAAAGAAGUGAGAGACGCAGGCUAUGUACCAGAUACUAAGUAUGUUCUUCAUGAUAUCGAUGAAGAAGCUAAAGAGAAAGCAUUGAUGCAUCACAGUGAACGGUUAGCUAUUGCUUUCGGGCUUAUAAACACGCCUCCUGGGACUACGAUAAGGGUGAUGAAGAACUUGAGGAUAUGUGGAGAUUGUCACAACUUCAUAAAGAGAUUGUCGAGUAUUGAAGAUAGAGAGUUCAUUGUAAGAGAUAACAAGAGGUUUCAUCAUUUUAGAGAUGGUAGCUGCUCUUGUGGAGAUUAUUGGUAGAAUUUUUGUAUGAAAAGAUUGUGAAUUUAUAACAAGUUUCACUAUACUGUUCUCAUU